GGUCCGCAAGGCGCAGGCGCGGAGUCGCUCGGUGAGGCGGUUUGUGCUGCAGCCGGAGCUGGAACGGGGACUCAGGGGUGAAGAUGCCGCUGGAAUUCGAGCUGUGCCCCGGGCGGCUGAUCGGCGGCGAUCAUCCGUGUUUCAUCAUCGCCGAGAUCGGCCAGAACCACCAGGGCAGCAUCGAGAUCGCCAAACAGAUGAUCCGGAUGGUCAAGGAAUGUGGGGCAGACUGUGCAAAGUUCCAAAAGAGUGAGUUGGAGCACAAGUUUAACAAGAGAGCUUUAGAAAGGCCUUACCCGUCUAAACACUCGUGGGGAGCCACCUAUGGAGAUCACAAGCGCUACCUGGAGUUCAGUCACGAGCAGUAUAGGGAGCUCUCCAAAUUUGCACAAGAAGUUGGUAUCUUUUUCACAGCAUCUGGCAUGGAUGAGGUGGCAGUUGAAUUUCUUCAUGAACUGAAUGUGCCUUUCUUCAAAGUUGGCUCUUCAGACACAAAUAACUUCCCAUAUUUGGAAAAAGCUGCCAAGAAAGGUCGGCCAAUGGUGAUCUCUAGUGGAAUGCAGAGCAUGCAAACAAUGAGGGAAGUUUACAAAACUGUGAAACCCAUCAAUACUAAAUUUUGCUUUCUCCAGUGCACCAGUGCAUAUCCAGUGGAGCCAGAAGACACUCACCUACGUAUCAUCACGGAAUAUAAAAAAGAAUUUCCAGAUAUUCCUAUUGGAUACUCUGGCCAUGAAACUGGAAUUGCUAUAAGCAUAGCAGCAGUCGCAAUGGGAGCUAAGGUUUUGGAACGUCACGUGACCAUGGACAAAACCUGGAAGGGCAACGACCACCAAGCAUCUCUGGAGCCCAGUGAGCUACGGGAACUGGUUCACUCCAUCCGUACUGUAGAAAAAGCGUUUGGAUCUCCCAUCAAACACAUGCUGCCAUGUGAGAUGGCCUGCCACAACAAGCUGGGAAAAUCAUUAGUAGCCAAAGUGACUAUUCCAGUAGGAACAAAACUGACCCUGGACAUGAUGACUGUGAAGGUGGCAGAACCCAAAGGUAUUGAGCCAGAUGACAUCUUUAAACUGGUGGGGAAGCAAGUUAAAGUCCACAUAGAUGCAGAUGAAACAAUCUCAGAUGACAUGAUUGAAAAUUAAAGAAAGAAGACCUAAGUUUAUACAAAGGUGGUGAAUGAAUUAAAUAUCUUAAUUUAAAUUGCCAAUAAAAUUAGGCCUGUCGGAUGUACCAAAUCAAGCAUUUUAAUUUUAUAUCUGACUUUAAUUGGGGAAAAUGUCACUUUUACACAUCUGGAACUACUGUACCAAAUCAAUUAAAUAAAAACUUAACUGCUGCAUCAAA